GCCAAGAAGACAAAGACCGCGCCCUUCGUCCUCAAACGCUACCACUAUAGUGCAUCCACCCAGAGCCAUCUAGCUGGCGUCAGCGUCGACGCGAAUGCGUCUCGCCGCGUCUCACAACAAAGGCGAUGCUGGCAGGCGGCGACGCUCAUGACGCUCGCGUCUGCGGCUUUGCGGCGGCGUACUCUCGUCGAGCUUGGGCGUGUUUUCCGCUUGGUGGCGGGUCGGAGAACAACGAAAGAUGACGUCACACGCGGGCCUUGUCCUCGUGCCGGGCUACGAUGACGACGAGCCUGGCCAGGGGCUACGGCACCCGCACGCUGCCUCCGCGCUCCCGCUUUCUGGGUUCUUCGACGUCCAGAACUCGUCAGGCUGACCAGAGGCGAUCGCUCAACCUGUCCUGUAACCCCAGCUCCGUGUACAGCUGUAACCGUGAGUGGCGAAGCCCCAAGUACUUCUCCAUGUCAAUGGCCCGUCCAGCCAAGAAGCUCUGUUCCAUCGAGGAACUCAUCAGAAUCUUGGUGGCUCCCUCGAACGGAUACUACGAGCUGCCCACAGAUCCCUACAACGAGGUCUACCCCAACAUCUUCAUCAGUGAUGGGACCACGGCGCUGUGCACGGGCCUGCUGCGUCGCCUGGGCGUGACGCACGUGCUCAACGCCGCCAUGGGUCGGGAUCGGAUGUACUGCCUGAUCAACACGUCGCCCUCUUUCUAUAAGAGCUCGGGCAUCGAGUUUCACGGCGUCGAGGCGCUCGACCUGAGCAGCUUCAAGCUCGACCGCUUCUUCCAGGAGUCGGCCGAUUUCAUCGACAAGGCCAUCGCCUCGGGAGGAAAAGUGUUGGUGCAUUGCAAGGAGGGCAUCAGUCGGUCGGCAACCUUGGUGCUGGCCUUCCUCAUGCUCAAACGGAACCUGACGGCGCAAGAGGCUGUGAGACUCGUCCGCGGGCGCCGGGAAAUCAUCCCAAACCAGGGAUUCCUGCAGCAACUGUGCGAACUCAACGAGCGGAUACACGGCCGUGGCUCCAAUGAAAUCAUAUGACACGACAUCUAACAACCUAUGUACAAUUUUGUUUAGGCACAAACAUGUACUCAUCUUCCCAUGCAGUAUGCACAAGUGUGUACAUUCAAUCAGUACGCCCGAGGCCUCCUGAGCACAAGCAAUCCGAGGCUCGAAUGCGCGAGCAUGGACAUGAUCCCUGUUUUGCGGACGAAUGCAAAACCUGCUUGAACUUUCAAA